CCGAAGGAUCAAUUAGUUAAAGAGGGAUGGGGGCUGGUUAUGAAUAUCAAGUAUAUCAUUUAGACUCUGCUCCGGAUCUUGAAAAAAAAAACCGACUCUUAUAACUUGAUAAUUUUGUGCUGUUUUUCACACCCAAGACUUCCGCGCAUGGCCAAUCUUUUGUUUUGGGACCUUUUCCAUUUGUAUUUCAAAUCACGAUACGAACUACGAAGUCCUUCACAUUCCUUUGUACAGAAGAUCCUUGCAUGUAAUGAGGUUGGAGUCUAAGGUCUAUUAGACGCUCUUCCCAUCGGCUCUUCUGCAUCAUUACACAAACCUAAACUCUUCUGGUAGAAGGACUCGUACUCCUUUGUCCAUCGCCGAGUACGAUGCGCGAAAGAAUUUACACUGCCACUUGACUCCAAACUCUGGAUGAUCAUGCUUCCAGCUUCUCACAUCCACUCACUCACCAUGAGGCAGACGAGGCAGACAUUUGUUGAGGAUUUUCUUUCUCAAUCUAUUGGAUUCACCCUGCCAAUCAAAUAUCCUUCAACGAGUGCAUCUGCCGCCAUGCUGUCCAAUCAAGGUUCGGUUCGAAGGACUAUGCAGCUGGUCAUGAACAACAAACCACGACGACAUGUUACACUAGCAGUUUUUCUUGACUUAGAAAGUAUGCAGCUAUUGAUAUAUAAAGCUAUGUCUUGCGAGUGGUUAGAGCGUAUAGUACCACACAAUCGCCAAAGAAAAGCAAACUCAGUCUCACAACAUGGGAUUACAUUGAUUCCUUUUCCCAUCCCAGAUUAUCAGAAGGUUUCAGUCUACCUCAAAAUACCACAUCAGCUCUUUCAAUUCCUUGACUGGGAACGUUGA